CAAAGUACGAGCCAGACACCGAGCUUUAAAGAAGGGGCAGAAAGGCACAGGGAAGGACCUCGUCGCAGAGAACAAGGCGAUGAUGCUCGAGAAACCUGCCGAAUGGCGGAAGGACGAGUUCUUCUCCCCCGAUGGCCGCAAGCAGGCGACAGCGCUGCAGAAGCAGAAGGGCCAGGCGUUCAAGGAGCGAGGGUCCCUCAAGCAAGACCUCUACGUGGAAGACGAGAGCUCAUACACCAAGCGGGCCUACAAGGAUAAGAUGAAGGCGGGCAACUCGAUGUCGGAGAGCCUCGCCAGCGAUGACCUGAGCGCCGAUUUCGACGAGUUGCGCGAACGUCAACUCACGGAGGGUGAGAAGGCAAUGGAGAAACGCGCUGGGAGGCAGCUCGUCUGGCUGUGGGACAACCCCAAGGUUCGCCACGCCUCAGGGAAGCAGUCCAUCGACGGCGUUCGGGAUUGGACAAGCGGAGGCGACGGCCCUGCUGGCAGUCUGGAGGGCCGUCCACCAGCGGCAUCUCACUCGGGACGAGCGCCAGCCAGAUCCCCCACGAGCGAGCUCGACGACGGCUCCGACGCCCCCGCUGUCAAGCGCCUCCGCGGCAAGUGCAGCGCGGGCGCCGCGAGGGCGCGGCCAGGCGCGAAGGUUGAUGACGCGGGCGGCGUGCUGUACCUCCGCCAGCGCGACGCAUUGAUCGACACGGUGGGCGAGUACAUGCAUGAGAUCACUGGUUCCAAGGGCUUGCAGAGGGUCGUUGCGACAGUGAGGCAGCUGAUCGAAGACAAGGACCUCGACGCCAGCCUGCUCCCUCACGAUCCGUCUGAUAUGGAGAAGGCGAUUGGUGAUCUGAUCAGCGAGAUCGAGGAGCUCCAGCUGGUGGCCAAGAAAGCGAAAAGGCAAGACAUCGAACGCGAGCAGGGCAAAGCUGACGAUAUCAAUGCCAAGAUCCUUUCGAUCAAGGCCAAAGUAGACGACCUCCACGCCUCAACCACCCACAUGCUGCAGGGUGCCCGCCUCAGCGAGCGUUCGAGCAGACAGGAGAUCUACUGGGGGCAGGUCUCGAUCGAGAACGCCUUGUCGGGCGGAAAGUUUGGCAAGCAGCGCGCUAAGAACUUGGCCGGGGACGAUGAGGAGAACCCUGCGUGGAUGCAGAUCCAGCGCAAACCAGCCGCGCCCAACUUUGCCGCGAUGGCGUCGCGGCCCGCUGAGGGCGAUCAUGCCCAGUCCAUUCGGGACUCCGCGAAGCAGCAGUGCGCCCAGGACAAGCUUGAGAACAUGCGGGGCCACAUGAGUCGCAACCCUUCGUGGAGCGGAGCAGUUUCCGCCGCGGACGGGCUAGAGAUCGACGGGGCCAUGAAGCGGCUCUGCGCCAACGUCGAGCUUGGAGACGGCGGCGGCCCGUGGAUGAUAGCAGCAAGGGAGCAUUGCUGCAGGUUUUGGCCCGAGGCGUUCCCCCUCUUUGGGGGCGCCUGUCUGGUGACCAUGCUCGAGAAGACGCUCUACCUACGGCUGACGCCGAUGGAACAGAUUUUGGAAAAGGGCUUCUCGGCAAUGGAGCGCGGCAAGUUCCUUGAGACCCCCCGAGGGGCAGCCCACUUGGCAGAGAAGGUGAUCACUUGCAAGUUGUCCAGCGGCGAAGUGUUCUACAUCCCGAACGGUGUCCUGACAUUUGGAGUGCAUCGCCCGCAGACCACCGAGAAGGAGGAGCAGCCAUCCUCAGGAACGAAAGCAGUAAGGAAAAGGCCUGCGAAGGCCAUCCUCAGUAACGAAGUUGGCUACGCUCUGGUGGUUCCAAUGAUCGCCAAGGACGGACUCGCCGACCUCAACGACCAGACGCAGGCGGCCAUCCUGAAGGUCAACGCGGACCACUUCAACUCAAAGCAGUCCGACCCGCAGCACAAGAG